AUGGACUCUUUCGAUGUGCCUGACUCUACGGACUGGCUACAGACCCCGCUUUCCCUUCUUACACCUCUCGAGUCCUCACUGCGAUGUCAAGUCUGCAAGGACUUCUUUGAGAACCCGGUCAUCACUUCUUGCUCGCACACAUUUUGCUCACUUUGCAUUCGCCGAUGUCUUAGCGCUGAAGGGAAAUGUCCAGUCUGUCGGAGCUCCGACCAAGAAUUAAAGCUGCGUCGCAACUGGGCGGUUCAAGAGUUUGUCGAGACCUUUCAAAAUGCACGACAGAGUGUUCUUGACCUCGCAAGGAAGGAAGCAGCGCGUCUGAAGGACGGGGAUUCCGUGAUACGUGAACCGUCACCUAAAAAGAGAAAGGUCGAUCGCGUGGACGUGAGGGAGGAAGCCACAGUGGUGCAAGCCAGUCCACGCCGCGCCCGGACAAGGUCACAACGGACCAAGACCGAUGCGCCGAAUUCUGAGCCGGUGGAACAGGAGACCAUUGAGGUGAUAGAAGACAGUCAAGAUGAAGGGGAAGAAGAAUACGUUCCUGAUGACGGUAUGGUCGCGUGUCCGAUCUGCCAGCGCAGGAUGAAAGCCCAUGCGGUAUUCUCUCACCUCGAUAUCUGUCAAGGGGUAAAGGCUGCACCUCCACCGCCGUCCAGACCGUCCGCAUAUAGUUCCCUACAGCCUCAACCGAAUCGCCUUCAAAGUUCCCCCGGCAAAGCCCUCGAGAGAUUACCCGCUAUGAAUUACUCCCUCCUGAAGGAUAAUUUACUACGCAAGAAAUUGAGAGACCUGGGGAUUCCUGAUUCGGGCCCAAAGCCGUUGCUACAACGGCGACACACGGAAUGGAUGAAUCUAUGGAACUCCAAUUGUGACUCCAGGAUUCCAAAAACCAAAAGAGCCUUAUUACAAGAGUUAGAAAUAUGGGAGCGAACUCAAGGUGGACACGCGGCUGCUCCAUCGCCGUUUACGACGAACAACGCUGUUAUGCGCAAGGACUUUGAUGCAGCCGGGUGGUCCGCAAGCCACGAUACCGACUUCAAGCGUCUAAUCGCAAACGCUCGCAUAAAGAGCGAUACUCAAGUGCGGUCAACGAUACCCGGUGCGUCUGGGAAAUCCACAGCUGAAUCAAUAGGCUCUACUACACCCAUUGCACCUGUGGAAGCUCCACUUGACAAUAGCAUUCCCGUGGAAAGCAAUCGAAACAUUGAGCCUCGUGGUUCAUUCGAUCCGUCAGGCUGA